AUGUCAAAGGUGAGUUUCGUAUUGCCUGUGUAUGCCGUUGUCCUUGUCAGCCCGCUAACAUUGCCCUCGAGGCCGUACAGCAUUUUCCUCCGCCUCGUCGGCGCAACCCCUGGGUCCCUUCCUCUCAUCCUCGUCUCCAUUCUCAAGGUGUGUCUCUAUAUCUUUUCGCGGGCUCGUUAUCAGCUUGUUCCCGCACCACAACAUGGCUUCACUAACAACUGGUAUUUCCUUAGCUCCACUUCAUCUUCCUACCGAGCUAUCAGGCGCGCACUCUUUGUCAAGAUCCCUGGCGGGUUCCACCCGAUAGAUAAGGUAUGUUCCAUUCUAUACACUUCCAUCUACCUCGAAGACUCGGACACUCGCCGCGCGCAUGCGCUUUGGCGAUUGACCGUCGUCCAUGCCCGUUGGCUGCACACGAGCCUCGCAUACACACGUUCGCCCCUCUCCUUGCUCGCCUCGCUGCCCGUCACGCUGCCCUCCCCAGUGCUCCCAUUCAAUGCGAAUGCGGCGGUGCCUGCUGCGUCGUCAGAGAAGCACCUUCUGCACUCGAUCCAGUUGCACAUCUCCCUUGCCCGCGCCCUGCCCCCGUAUCGAUGCCGUACUUCUUCAGCAGCCCGCCCGUACUGCUUCUGCAGCCCGCUGCUCGAUGAUGCGGGUGCGAGCACCCCCGUGUGCUCAGGUCUCUGCUUGGGGAAGCGGAAUAGGUCGCAGUUGUCUGUGCAGCCAGGGAUCGGGCAACCGCCGGAGGGAAAGUCGUGGUACAUCUCCUCAGGGGGCAUGAAGGACGGAUGA